AUGGGCGAGGCGGAGGGAGGCUCGGCGGCCGCUGUGGAGAAGCCGCCGCUGCCCGCGGCCGGGCCUGGGGCCGCCGCUGCGGUCGCCGCCGCCGUUGCAGCCGCCGCCGCGGCAGCGGCCGCCGCUCCGGAGCCCGGCGUGCCGGCGGAGGAGGCGGUGGUGGUGUGGAGCCCUGAAGUGGAGGUUUGCCUCUUCCACGCCAUGCUGGGCCACAAGCCCGUAGGUGUGAAUCGCCAUUUCCACAUGAUUUGCAUCCGGGAUAAAUUCAGUCAGAAUAUUGGACGGCAGAUUUCAUCCAAAGUGAUCUGGGAUCACCUGAGCACCAUGUAUGACAUGCAGGCUCUUCACGAAUCUGAGAUUCUUCCAUUCCCUAAUAUAGAGAAGAAUUUUGCUCUUCCUGAUGAAAUGAUUCAAGAGGUGAGAGAAGGAAAAGUAAUGAUAGAAGAAGAAGUAAAAGAGGAAAUAAAAGAAGAGAUGGAAACACAUGCAGGUCCAGAAGAAGUUUUUGCACCCUCUGGAAGUUUAGGAAAAACAACUGAAAAACCAAGCAGCAAAGAGAAAGAGAAAACUUCAUCAGAUCCUGGAUCCAAAGAAGGAUCUGAUAAGAGGAAGCGCAGCAGAGUCACUGAAAAGGUCUUAAACGCGAACAGUAAUCCUUCCAGCCCCAGUGCUGCAAAGCGGCGCAGAACAUGAAGCAAGCUGUGAAAGAGAGAAGUCAAAACUGGAACACGAGGAGGGAACAGUAAAAACGAGUAGCAGGAUACUCACUACAUAAACUUUUGGAGGAGGGGGGAAAAAAAGCCAGGUAUUUGAAGAGUCUGCACAUUGGCUUGAUAAUCAAAUGACUCAGGUGUUCCUGAUGUGUUCUCUGCUCAGCAGUGAGUGGCUGAGUGACAGUUACCUUCUCAGGGCACUGGGAGGGAAAGCUGGCAGUGUCCAGAGAUCAUGAACAUGUAACAGUUCCUGUGGCUGCAUUUCAAACGGGUAACACACCCUGUGUCAGCAUGGUUCCUCCAGCAAGUGCUCAGUGAAACACGGAGCCUCGGUUCCUGAAAAGCAAAGGUUGUUCCUGUAAAUUUGGGGUAGUUUUUCCUGCCUUUGCUUUGUUGCUUUGAAUCUUACAGACCCUCUUAGGGUAACGUUUGGACAUUUUAGUUAAUGCUAACAUAGUGUUUGCAUCAAAUGCCUGACUUCGUUGGUUCAGUGAAACCAAAAUCCUAAAUCCAUAUAACCACUGAGUUAUUCUCACUGUAUUCUCUCGUUCCAUUUGCUGGAGGAACCUUUACUUCUUUCACCCUUAGAGAUGUAACGUUUUUCAAUCUUUGUAAGUUUAUAUCCCAAAGGGAAGUGAAAAUAAUGCCCCCAGGUAGAAUAACUGUCCUAAAUAAAAUACCCCAAUGUCACCUGUAGGGGAUCUGCUGAACCUGGAGGUGUUGCUUCAUCCAUUUAUAACACAGUAGAAUGUAACAGAGAGGUUUGUACUUCAUUAUUUAUUGUUUUUUUAAAGCAGUUUUAGUACGUGUUAAUGGAAUUGAUAUUCCAAAAUGUUACUUUUGUUGUAAAACUUCAGAAUCUUCCUGACAUUGUAAUGCUUCUCUUUUAUAUGCUAGAAUAUUCAGAUUUGAUGAAGUUCUUAUUUUUGUGUUGUGCAAAGAUGGACCACAGUCAACAAACGUAUUAAAUGGUGAACAAAGUAGACUGACAAGUUACUGUAUUUGUUUCACCAUAUUAACUACCAGUUACUAACAAGAAGUAUUACUUCUUGAUGCGUCAGUAUUGCCUUCAAAGUGAGAAACUGGGAAUCUGCUAGUUUUUGCUUGUAUUCUAGGUACGUAGCCAAGUUCUGGUCUGCCUUAUUUGCUUCACUUGUUUUAUACCAAGAAUAAAUUUGACUUGUUUUUAUUUUACUAAAUGGUAAUUGUUGUGCAACUUGAUUAAAACUUGGUCCAACUUG